AUGUGCGAACAGGCCGUGCUAGCCUUCAUGGACUGCAACUGCUACGCAAACCUUUACCUCCAACGCUGCCGGGUGCCGGGGUGUAACACCCCACAGCGGUGGCAGCACGACACGCGGGAGCUGUGGAAGACGGCGCAGGGCGGGCACAGCAGCAGCAGCAGCAACAUCAACCACGCGAGCAGCACGCACUGCGUCGAGUGCGUGCAGGCCGGCAAGUGCACGCUGUGCACCGCCCAGGACCGCCAGCUGCUGGCGGCGCUGCGGCUGCCUGCGGCCCGUAUUGAAGUUGAGGGGACCGAGGUUGGGAGGAUGGAUGGGAGUGGGAGUGGCGAGGAUAGGGGGAAGGGCAAGGGGCGGUGGAAGGGGUGGGGGAAGGGAUUAAGUAUCGUUCCUUUCGGCAAUAUGGUGGGCCGAAAGCGCGCCGCGCCCGCCGCGCCGUCGCCGUUCGACCGGCGGACCGUGGCAGGCCGCGGCGCUGCCGUGCCCGAUGUCUUCCGCGAGAUGCUGGUCGAGGCGAGGUCCUCUGGCGUCAUGCCGGCGCCUUCUGUCAGACAUCGAGCUCAGCGCGCCCGCUCCUCGUUAGAGCCCGAGGAGCGACCGGUAAAACGGAAGCGCCCUGGCCAGCGGACCACCCGUCCCACCACACAAGUGCCCCCCAAAGAGCCCCCUCCACGGCCGUCUGAUAUCGGGGGCGCCUUCAGUGACGAUGACGAUGACGACGAGGGAAUCGUGUUUGAAGAUGUCAUCAUCCCGGCCCCCACCGUGCAAACGAUGGUCCUUGAUUCUAGCAACGACGAUGAAGACGACGAUGAAGACGAGGUGGAUAUGGAUUUCGGGGCUGCCAGCCACCCGGCCAAGGACAGGGUUCUGGACCUGAACUUGACGGCCACGAGAGCAGCCAUGGCGUCUGCGCCACCCCCCGCGGCCGACCGGCGAAAGCCCAUCUCCUCCAAGGAAAGGGAGCGGCGUGUGGAAAUCCACAAGAUGCAUCUACUAUGUUUGCUCUCGCACGUGCAGCGCCGCAACCGGUGGUGCAGCGACGCCGAGGUCCACGCCGCGCUGCGGCCCCUCGUGUCCGAGAGGAUGCUCAAGUAUCUCUUGCCGCGCGAAAGUCUGACACAGUUUAGCCGCACCCUGUCUCUAAAGAACGGGAUCCAAGACACCCUCGACAUGAUCCAGGCCAGGUUUGCCAUCACGGAACGCGGUAUGCGCAGGGCACUGUGGGCCGAAGACAUGGAACUACUCAAGAAUUGCAGGCUGCCAGACGACAUCGAUUCUACGCUGGAAAAGAGCGACUUUAUCGAGGCUGUAAAGUCGUUGAAGGGCUCCCGCGAUGUUGGCGCCCAGUUGUAUUGUGCAUUGCUCCGAUGCGCCGGUCUCGAGGCGCGGCUAGUCUGCUCCCUGCAGCCCCUGUCGUGCGCCCCCGGAGCUCCCCAGAUGCCCAAGUCGCGCGCUGUCGGGUCUAUGCCGUCCAAUCCCGAGCCGUCCAAGUCUGCGCCGAAACUCUCCAAAGGCGAUGUCUACGAGGCAGCCAUGGCUAGAUACGACACGAGAAAUCCUCCAGGUCCGGCGUCCUCUACUGCCCUCACGCCACGGCAGCGGCUGGGCCACCCUCUCGCCGCCGCGUACCGUGUCCCGGUCAUGCGAGACCCUGAGCCCGCUCCGCAGCCCACGCCUACGCCCACGGUCACGAAGAUCAAGGGGGAAUCUCCGUUUCCAGUCUUCUGGGUCGAGGUCCUGGACGUGGCGCACCAAAAAUGGCACCCCGUAGACCCCUUGGUCACCCGUACAUUGUGGAAACCGCAAGCCCUCGAGCCCCCGGCAAAUGAUAGGGAGAACUGCCUAACCUAUGUCAUUGCAUUCGAGGCCGAUGGGAGCGCUCGAGACGUGACUAGGCGGUAUGCCAAAGCGUACAACUCAAAGACGCGCAAGAUGCGCGUCGACGGGGCGCCGGCUGCGAACCGCCCCGUUGGCAGCAGCAGUGCAGGCCCUGGCGGCGGCGGCCUGAGCGGGCAGCGCUGGUGGCGGAGGACGAUGAGGACGUUCGAAAGAGAGUGCCCGACAGAUCUCGACCAGAUCGAGAUGAACGAGCUGGCGGCCGAAGAGACCAAGGAGCCCAUGCCGCGCAACGUGGCCGACUUCAAGGACCACCCCCUAUACGCGCUCCAGCGCCAUCUUCGGCGGCACGAGGUGAUCGUGCCGGACGUGAAACCCAUCGGCACCGUCAGCGCUGGCAGUAAGGCCCCCCUGGAGCGCAUCUAUCGCCGACGCGACGUACGUGUUGCGUACUCCAGAGAGAAGUGGUACCGUCUAGGGAGAGAGGUUGAGCCUGGCGCAGAGCCGGUCAAGAUUCUGCCCAAGCGGCGCAAACCAGGGCGGCGCAAAGGCCGAUUUGACGACUCGGACGAUGAUGACGACGACAUGGUCCCAGAGUACGACGACGACCCGGACAAGGUAGGGCUGUUCGGUGAGGCCAUCUUGUCAGCUACCAGCGUGCCGCUCUACACGGCCGCGCAGACGACGCUGUACGAGGCGCCGCCCGUCGUCAACGGGCGCGUGCCCAAGAACAAGUUUGGAAACCUCGACUUGUACGUGCCGAGCAUGGUACCGCGCGGUGGCGCACACGUUGUACACGAGUUGGCGGCCCAAGCUGCCUUUACCCUCGGCGUCGACUUCGCGCCCGCCCUGACGGGAUUCUCGUUCAAAGGCCGUGAAGGUACUGCCGUCCUCAGCGGUGUCGUCGUGCCCGAGGAGGCCGAGGAGGCCGUACGUGCUGCCAUCGCCGGGCUCGAAGACCUCGAGGCCGAGAGGGAGUGCGAGCGCAGGUCUCGUAUGGCGCUGAGGAUGUGGAGUUGGUUCCUCAAGGGCCUGCGCAUCCGCGACAGGAUCUGGGCAGGCGCAGCGGAGGCCGACGAAGCGGACGACGGCGAUGACCGGGGUGACAAGGGCAAGGGCCUAGCUUCACGACAUGAUGAUGACGGGGGCGAGGAUGACGUUGAUGCCGACCUAGCCAGCCUCCCGAGUGAUGUCUCAGAAGAGUUUUCUAUGGAAGAGGAUGACGACGAGGGCGGGGGGUUCUUUGUCGAGUAG